ACGACAUGCAGUUAUCACUAAAUUGGAUAUCGGGCCCCGACCCAAAAUUCAAAAGAAGAAAAUCAUACCGGAAUUACCCGUCUAGACUUUCAAACUGCAGCAAGUGAAUUGUUCUUCACUGGUCGCUUAACAAGAAAAUUCUAUUUCUAUACAGAAAAAUGAAGUGAGAAAGAAAUCCAGAAGAAAAAUGGACCAAAACCAGAGAUCAAUAGCAGCUACAACAGCUGCUUCUCGUGGUUACCAGUUCCAGCCGGCCCGUGCUGCCAUUAUCGAUCUCUUUAAUCUCUAUUUAGGAGUAAUUUACUUCCCUAUCCGUGUCACCUUUUUUUUUUUCAAUUUUUUCUUGCAGAGAAGUAGCCGCCAAAAACAUGACGAUUCAACACGCGAACCACCGAACAAAACACAAAAGCGAGUACUUGCUCUCAACAGAGAGUUACCUCCCCGAAACGAGCAAUUCCUUAUAAAUUUUGAACAACUGCAGAGCCAGUUUCCGGAUCAAGAUCAGCUGCGAUCUGUCACCGAAUCAGUGCUUAUAUCUUUAGUUAUUCAGUGUUGUAACCAUGCCCCUCGUGCAGAAUUUCUCCUUUUUGCACUGAGGAGCUUAUGUAGUAUAGGGUAUAUUAACUGGGAUACCUUCUUGCCAUCUCUGCUUUCUUCUGUAUCCUCUGCGGAAAUGUCAGCUGGUCAAGCUGGUCAAACUGUGUCAGCUGUCUCAUCUAUGAAUUCCUCGCAGAAUGUGAUACUUCCUUCUUCUAGUGCAAUCCCUAAUUCAUCAAAUUUUCAACCUUCGAAUCCUACAUCUCCAUUGGCUUCGGUACAUGGUAUUGGUUCUCCUGUUCAGUCUGCAAUUGAACCGUCUUUGCUUGCAACAGUGUCUCCUGUUAAAUCUUCUGAUAUUUCUGGUAAUGGGCAACCUUCUACAUCAAGAGUUAACUUAUCUAGUAGGGAUAAUGCUAUAUGUAGCCUACGCCAACUAUGCUGUAAGAUUAUUUUAACUGGUCUUGAGUUUAAUUUGAAGCCAGCUACUCAUUCUGAGAUUUUUCAUCAUAUGUUGAAUUGGCUGGUUAACUGGGAUCAAAGACAACAUGGAGUUGAUGAAUCUGAUAGUGCAAGUUGGAGCCUGCAAUACAAACUGAGGACAGGAUUUUUGAGUUACCUCAGUCGCCCAAGUCAACCAAAAAUCCCUAAUUUGCCUGAUCUUGCAAAUUCCAUUCAGAGGGGAAGUUUGGAUUGGGAAAGAGCUUUGCGGUGUAUAAGGCAUGCUCUACGCACUACUCCAUCACCUGACUGGUGGAAGCGAGUGCUACUUGUGGCUCCCAGCUAUAGGAGUCCUGCUCAUGGGCCUACUCCUGGGAAAACCGUCCUCAUGUUGUUUUUCUGUUUAUGGGGUACAUUAUGAUCAUGGUCUUGUAGGAAGUUGAAGAGGUAUCACGAGCUUCAUCUCCCUAUCUUGGGCAGUUUAAGAAAGGGGAACCAGGUGAUCUCUAUUCUUUUUCCUUUUAAAGUCGUAUAUUGAUUUGAUGAUCAGAUAACUACUUUCUUUUUCUCCACCACCAGAGUAUUCUGCCUAUUACACGGAAGCUGGGUGAGAGGGUGAUUGAAAAUUGUAUUUCAAAGCUUGUACCCUACAUGCAUCAAGGAGUGCAAUAUGUGGGCUUUCCUUUAGAUGAUUAUGGUAAACUUGUUGCCUGUAUAUGUGCGCAAAAUCGUGGGACUCCGGAUCACAAUAAAGUAAAUUCUUUUCAAGGUACCAGUGUUGAGAAACAUCUGGUAUGCUUCUUGUAAUGGUUGCAUAAUUAUGUCUCUUAUGAUUGAUACUUGUGACUUAAUUUAAAUUCUUUUUUAAAUGAUCCUGCAAUGGUUGUUGAAAAUUUUCUAGAUGUUUCAUGUGUCAUUUAAUUUCCUGGGAUAAGAAGAGCAGUUGCAAUCAAGGGAUUUGUAAUUCAUCUUCAGUCAACCAGUCUCUCAAGUCUGGGCAUGUUUGUUCUCAACAAUGGAGAGGUAGAAAAAUCGGAGAAGGAAAAUCUAGGAUGAAAAAGGCUUGUUUAGCUCCGGAUGAUGGUAAACCUUUUGUUGAGAAUUUGAUUGGUUCCAGAAUCAAAGUCUGGUGUGCAGAAGAACAUGCUGCAGAUCAUAUUACACGUUUCACGGAAUAUACAUAAAUCCAGCACAACAAAUAUUUAGCUUUUUAUUGUGCUUUCAUUCGUAGAAAGCUAUGUCUAUCAGGGUCUUCUGUAAUAACUUUGACAUUUUACAACAAUAUAUAUGGAGAUGGUGAAGUGAGAAUUCAGAAGUCAUGAUGUGGGUAACAACUCAAUAGUUGGUGAAGACAGUUGGCUACCAUAUAUCCCUAAUAUAGAGCAAACCAUGACGACAAGUGAAGUGAUGUUUUUAACACGUAGCUAAAAUCACGUAGUGUUAGUAACAGUAAUGUAUAUGGAGAUGGUGAAGUGAGAACUCAGAAGUCAUGAUGUGGGUAACAACUCAAUAGUUGGUGAAGACAAUUGGCUACCAUACAUCCCUAUAUUCUCCUCAUCCCCAAACACACACGCUCAGAAAGAAAAAAUAAAAAAGCAGUACUCAUCAUCAUUAUUAUGAAUAAACUUGUUCUUCUGUGUCCCAUCAAUUAAAAGAUGAUCAUAAUAGUUCAGUCAAAAGAAAUCUGAAAUAUGUAUUUAUAUGAAUGAUCAAAUUAAGAUAUACGUCUAUUGGUAGGUAGGGUAUGAUAGAAAUUUACA